AAGCACCAACUAGAACGGGGUUUAAUAAUGUUACAAAUGGAGAAAGAACUGAAUGAACUUCUUGUGAGGAAAGAACAAGAAUGGAAAGAGCUCCAGGCUCGUCAACUCACUUUUCAGAAAACAACAUUGCAGGAUACCAGAAAGCAGCUCCAGGAAAUGCAUACAAAAUUCAACAGGUUAAAAGAAGAUUUCACUUAUAAUCUGAGAGUUCUCGAAGAGAGAGACAGAGAGCUGGAGCGCUACGAUGCCAUGUUUACUCAGUUGAAAAUGGCUGAAAAUGCUAAACAGGUAGAAGUUAGCGAUCUUAGGAUACAGCUAGAUAAACUGCAACAAAUGCUUGUCAAGGAAACCCAGAAACAAAAGGAUCAGCAGUACAAAUAUCAACAAAAACUUAAAGAACAUCAGUUAGAGCUGGAGCGCCUGCACAGUGCUAAGAUUUCAGACAUUGAUCAUCCAUGUGAAGAGUAUAAGAAGCUAAAACAGCAGUUGGAGCAAAAACUCCAAGAAGUGGAAGGAGAGCUUGCUUUGCAAAAACAGGAGCUGUUGGUGGAAUUUGAUGCAGAAAUUAAAAAGAGAGACCAUGCAUUUCGACAGCAGGCAGAUGAAAUGAGUAAUUUAGUUCUUUCUCAUGAACUCAAGGUGAAGUUAUUGACCACAGAACUGGAGGCUCUGAAAGAGGCUGGGAUGAAAGCUGCAGAAUCAUUGCAAAUAGCAGAAACUACUAAUUUGAAGUUGGAGAAAGAGGCCAAAUGCAAGGAUCGGGAACUUAAAGAUUUUGCAGCCGUGAAAGAUGCUCAGAUAAAGGAUUUAGAAUGUAAGCUUCAUGUAGCAUACCUGACUUUACAAAAAGAAGAGGAAACAUUUCAGAGAAAACAUGAGGUGCUAGAUCACUUUGCCAAGGAGAAAGAUGCAGUACUGGCUUCAGUGAAAGAAGUCCAUGCUGAGCAAAUACAAAAAUUGGAAAAUCAGAUAAGAGAUCUACAAAUAAGUAAUGAGACUGUGGAGAUGGAGUUGCGUAGAAGAGAAUGGAGGCAUGCAGAUUGCUUGAGGGAGAAAGACACUGUAAUUGAAAAGCUUGAAGGAGAGCUAACAACACUUAAAACCAGAUGGGAUUCUCAUCUAGCUCAGAUUUCCAAAGACACCAUUUCCAAAGACCUUCAAAUUCAGUCCUUGCAUGAGGAGAAGGUGAAGCUGAAGGCAGAGCUGGCCAGAUUCCAGAAGGAUAUAGAAAGGUAUAGACAGCAACUAUCUCUUGCAGCAGAGCGUGAGCUGAUUCUGGAACGGGCUCAAGUGCAAGCAGAGCUGGACUGGCAGCAGCGCUAUGAAAAUGCUGAAAGAAAUCAAUAUCAGAAAUCUGAGGCUCUCAUACAGAGCCUGUCAACAGUAAGGGACCAGGUUACAGCUCAGCUACAAGAGAAGGAUCAGAAGCUGUGUGAAAUGGAGACACUUCUGUCUGCUUUGACCUUUGAAAGAGACCAAGCAGUGCAGGCACUUCAGAAACAUGGUAUAUUGCCUGAAGGAGAGAACCAGAUGUUUCUAGGUGAUGAUAAAGGAGUUCUUGGAAAAGAUGUUCCUGCCACAGAGAUCGAAAUAUUAAAGGAACAGAACACCAGCCUGCGGGCUGCCAUUGCAGAAAUGAGGAGGGAAAUGGAGACUCUCGGUGAUCAGAUGCCACCCUUGGUCCCCAUGAAAGAAAAGAUAUCGCACACCCAGCAAACUGUCACUGAUGCCGAGGCUACUAUGGUCAUAUUGACUCGUGGUAAUAUAGAGAACCAGGCUGAAAUUUCUAGCAGUUAUUAUGUUCGAUCCCUGGAAGAGGAAAUAAGAAAGUUAAAGCACAAAUACUGGAUAAUGGAAGAGCAACUAGAAAAGGUAUUGAAGCUUCCCAGAAAAUCAUCUGCUCCUUCCCAUGACCCAUCCAGCAUUCAGCAUCAGUCAGCACAAUCCCUCACGCAGCUGCACAGCCACAAUUUCAAUGAAAUGAAUGGUCAGGGUGCAUUUUGUGCUGAAGUUUUCUGUGACACUCCUUUGAAGACACUUCAAGCCAGAACUGCUCACUCAGACUCUAAGGAAACACAGUACGUACAAAAGUUCCAGGGGUCCACGUCAAAGCAAUCUUUCUCCUGGAAAGCAACUCCCGUCCCCUUUUACCCCUUCUCUACUUACGCUACAUCGAUGACAUCUUUAUGA